AUGGCGACGCUCGGCGGCAUGCUUGCCGCUGCCAUCCUCAAGGUGGUGGGCGACCAGGUUGGUUCUCUGAUCGGGGGUCAGAUCGCGCUGCAGAUGAACUUGAAUAACGACCUGAAGAAGAUGAAGAUGGCGCUGGAGAGUGUCGAUGCCGUUCUCGAGGACGCCGAGAGGCGGUCCAUCACGGAUAAAUCAACGCGUCUUUGGCUGAAGCGGCUCAAGGACUUCAUGUAUAUCAUUUCGGACAUGAUUGAUGAGUUCGAAGCAGACACACAAGCCAUCACCCAGCCGUCUGCGCGCAAGUUCUCCUUCAAAAAAUAUUUGGCGAACAUGAUCCCUUGUCUCACAAUUGGCCCCAACAUUACAAUGGCCAAUAGGAUGAAGAACAUGAGGGACGACCUGAAGGUCAUAACAGAUCAACACAAGGAAUUCAAGUUAACAGACUGCACUAAUGCCAAUGAGCCAAAGGUGACUGAUAUACGGGAAACAUCAUCAACCCUGGAGACACAAAUCAUUGGGAGGACUGAGGAGAGAGAUAUAAUAUUGGCUUCUUUAUCUGAGAGCAUGACAAAGGAUAUCACAAUCCUUCCUAUAUAUGGCAUUGGAGGCCUUGGCAAGACAACCUUGGCAAAAAUGGUUUACAAUAGUUCCCAAUUCAAUGAAUACUCUCAAGUGUGGGUUUACGUGUCUCAGACAUUUGAUUUGAUCAAAAUUGGAAACUCUAUAAUAUCACAACUAUCAGAGAAAGAUAAAGAGAGUGGGUACACUGGAAAGCAGAUGAUCCAUAAUUCCCUUGAAAAGCUCCUUGCCAACAAGAAGAUUCUGAUUGUUUUAGAUGACCUGUGGGAAGAAAACAUAUCUCGGUUGGAAGAACUGAAAGAUAUGUUAAAAGUUGGGGAGAGCAGUAAGGUGAUUGUUAUAGCAACCACACGAAGUGAAGGUAUUGCAAAGAAAAUGUCUACCAUCCAACCAUACAAAUUAGCACCAUUGACUGAUGAUAUGUGUUGGUCUAUUAUAAAGCAAAAGAGUGCAUUUGAAUCUAGAGGUGACAAAGAACAAUUGGAGGAAAUAGGGAAGGUCAUUGCAAUGAAGUGUGCGGGUGUGGCUUUAGCAGCUAAAUCACUUGGACACACGCUGCAAUCUAUGAAGUCUGGUCAAUGGGAAUCAGUGAGAGAUAGUAAUAUAUGGACCGCACCUUCUUUGGAAGAUACAUCUUCUACACAAGUGCUUGCAUCACUGAAGUUAAGCUAUAGUAUUUUGCCUUCGUAUCUGAAGCUAUGCUUUGCCUAUUGUGCAAUAUUUCCAAAAGGUCACAAGAUACUUAAAGAUGAUCUUAUUCAUCAAUGGGUGUCUCUUGGUUUCUCUACUCGGGAGCUUGGUGAGAAAUACAUUAGUCAGCUUUUGGGGCUCUCUUUCCUUGAACAUUCAAAGCCAUCAUCGAUUGUUGCGCUAUAUGAUGAAGAUAUUAUAUUGUUGACCAUGCAUGACCUGGUGCACGAUUUGGCAAGAUCGGUCAUGGACGAUGAAAUUAUUUUGGUUGUCAAAGGCAAUAACGCUGAAGAAAGCUGCUACCACUACGCAUUACUCGAUGAUUGUAGCAAGCCAUUGGGAUCGGACUUAUCCAAGAUAAGGGCGUUACGUUUUAUGGGUUGUGACAAAUAUAAGCUUCAUGAUGACGCAUUUUCAUCUGCCAAGUCUUUGCGUGUCUUGGACUUAAGUGAGUGUACCAUACAUAAGCUGUCAUACUGUAUUGAUGACCUGAAGCAAUUAAGAUAUCUUAACACUCCAAGAGUCCAAGAUGCAAAGAUUCCAGACAGUAUCACCAAGCUCUCAAAAUUGAUUUACCUGAACCUUCAUGGAUCUCUUACAACCUUAGCACUACCAGAGUCAAUUGGAGAAAUUGAGGGUCUAAUGUAUAUUGAUUUGUCAAGUUGUUUCGGAAUUACAAAACUGCCAGAAUCAUUCAGGAGGCUACAAAAGUUGGCGCAUUUGGAUUUAUCAAAUUGCUCGUCUGUUGAAGGAAUAUCGGUGUUCUUGGAGAGCCUCACACAACUAGAGUAUUUGAACUUGUCAUGCUGCCCACACAUUGGAGAUAUACCAGAAGUUCUGGGCGGCCUAUCCAAACUGCAGUAUUUAAACUUAUCAAACAGCUCAUAUCUUGAAUGUGGUAAAGAAACAGAAUUUUUGGGUGCCCUCACCAAACUCGAGUAUUUGAACUUAUCUUCAUGGAAUUGUGAACUCAAAAAGCUCCCUGAAUCUCUGGGUGGAUUCAGUCAACUCAAGUACUUAAACUUAUCAGGUUGGCGAGAUAUGAAAAAAUUGCCAAGAUUAUUCGGGAGCUUAAAAAAUCUGCUCCAUCUUGACUUAUCACAUUGUUCUAUGAUUGAUGAUGUACAUGAAGCUUUGGUCGGUCUUACUGGUCUGCAAUAUUUGAAUUGCAGAGAAACACACGUCAGUUCCCUGCCAGAUGAUCUGACCAAGCUCCGGUAUCUAAAUCUAUCUAGACUAAGAAACAUACCUGUAGAUUUCUCGGAUGAUCCCAUCAAAUAUGAAUUCAAUAGUCUCCCUGCAGAAAACUGGGACAGUAUCGUCAACUAUAUAUGCAGUAAUCUUUCAGAACUGGAGCACUUGGACUUGUCUGGUAAUAUUUAUAUUGAAAAAAUACCUGAAAGUAUUUGUAGCCUAACGAAGCUGCAUACAUUGGACCUCUCAUAUUGCGAUUUGAGAAUGUUACCAGAAAGUAUAAGUGCAAUUGGUAGUUUGAAGUUUCUUUAUUUAAAGGAUUGUUGCGGUCGUCGUGGCAUACCUCAACUCGGUAGCAGUGCAAUAUCGUUACCGCACUUUGUGGUGCGUGCUGCUGCUGAUGGAUCUAGCAGCAAUCUUGUCCUACUAAAGCCCACAGAUCCUUCUGAGCUGGAGAUAACUGAACUUGAAAAUGUGACGUCCGCAGGAGAGGCACAUAGUAUAAAAUUAAUGGAAAAGCGAAGAAUUCGGGAGUUGAAACUGGAGUGGACUGAAGGUGUUGACAGAUUUGUGGAUGACAAAAUGUUGCUGGAAAAACUAGUGCCUCCAAGCACACUGAGUAGAUUGGAGAUAUGUGGUUACAGCAGUGUCAUCUUUCCAGGCUGGGUAGUGGGCCAACUACCAAACCUGGACUCACUGGUUCUCAGAGAAAUGGCAAAUCUAGAAGAGUGGGACAUUUCAUACUCCACCGGUGAGGAGAACGUGUUAACACGAGUGCAAAUACAUGAUUGCUCCAUGCUAAGGAUGAAAGGGCCUCUGCCUAAAGCUAAAGAGUGGGAGAUAAUAUGCAGUGAUAAUGUGUUAUCAUCAUGGGAUGAGUGCAUUGUGCCACACACCUGUGCUUCCUCAUCUUCUCCAGUAACUACUAAGCUAUCAGUUAGCGAUUGCAAGGGGCCUCACCAGUGGAGGUGGCUUCAACACUUCCCUGGACUCCCUUCUUUGUCUAUUAACAAUUGUGGCGAUCUAACCGGCUCACCAGAUAUCAUCCAACUACUAUGCUCUUUGGAGGAACUAUGGCUAGAAGGCGAAGACAUGGAAGAACUGCCAAUAUGGUUGGGUGAGCUCCCAUCUCUAAAGAAUCUGACUAUAUUUAAUAGCAAUGGUGUAAAGGAGUUAAACGAGAACAUGAGGCAACUCACAAAGCUUGAAUCGCUACAACUUGCGUUCUGCGAAAGCAUAUCUGCAGUGCCACAUUGGCUAGGCGAAUUGACCUCUCUCAAGACACUUUGGAUACAUAACAGUGGAGGCUUGAGGUCUUUGCCGGCAAGCAUACAACAACUCACCAGCCUCCAGGAAAUAAAAAUUAUUAAGUGCCAUGCAUUAGAGCACGUGGUUGCUGAAACAGAGGAGGGAAAGAUGAAGCUGGCUGACGACCAACAAAGGGAAUCUGCUCUGCCCACCUCUCUAAAGAGACUUUGUCUGAGUGGAUGUGAUGGUAUCAAGUCUUUUCCUGAGGGAAUACAUCAACUCACUAACCUACAGGACCUAGAAAUAACUAGGUGCUCUGGACUAAAGGAAUGGUGUGAAUUAGAGGAGACCAAGACCAAAUUGGCUUGCAUAGAAAGUUCUAGACAGUGUGCAUAUACUGCACAACCAGGUGGCCAGGUUGCAACCUGA